AUAGGAACAGUCCUAGCCAAGUAUCGUUCGAUGAAACAGGUCAUAUGACAUCAUAAGUAGCGUUGAUCGUGGACAGCGGGUCAUAACGUAAUUUGAGCUCAAAUUGAACGCAUCACAAAUCGCAAUUUACGUGGUCCAGUGCUAGCAGUUGGCUCGAUUUUUGGUCAGUGUAUACACAUUGAAAAUCGUUCAUCCGUUUUUUUGUGUGUUUCGCUUUGAUUUGAAAUAUUGUCGAACGUGUUCGUUGUCGCAACAGCUUUAAAUACGCAUCUUUUUUCCGUGUGUGAUCUCUCCAACCGUUUUUUUUGCGUGCUCAAAACGUUCCGUUUUAAAGUGGGAAAGACGAAAAACAAAUAAUCGGCUACGCGAUACGUAGUAAGUACAACUGUAGUGGGAGAGAAAAUAAAAAUACGAAGAGAAUAAUGGAUGUUGGUGGAACCGACCAAGAGUCCUCAUUAUUUCAAGCAUUCGUUGUGCCUUCGGUUAACGUUGAAAAUAAGAAUGUCAACAAAACAAAUGAUCCAAUUAAACCAACGAAACCAGGCACUUUGCCGGAACAAGAAGUGCCAAAAGCUGGGAGUGACAAAGAGAAUCAACUCAAAUCGUCUGAGAUCAAAUUCGAACGAUUUGAACAAUUUUCCACAUUGCCAAUUGGAUUGAGUAAAUAUGUGGCGCAAGAUCUAAUUGGAUCACCCCUUGAAGAUAUUGACCCAUUUUACAAGGAUAAACAGACGUUUAUUGUUGUCAAUCGAAGCAAAACUUUGUUUCGUUUCCCAUCUGUCAAAUCGCUAUGGCUAUUCAGACCGAAUAUCGUGAUUCGUCAAAAAGCAUGUGGCAUUCUGACCGAUCCAUUUUGGGCAGCAUUUAUGAUCUUAGUAGUUCUGCUCAAUUGCUUCAUUUCACUCAUAAUACCUGGCAGCCCAUUGCUCGAUAUUCCAUGGGAAUUGAUUUUCUUGAGCAUUUUCAUAUUGGAAUUUGCCAUCAAGGUUAUAGCUAGAGGGUUCGUAUUGGAAAAAUUCACCUAUUUGCGCGAUCCAUGGAAUUGUUUUGAUUUAUUUAUUAUCAUUCAUGCAACGGUUGCCAUGUGCAUGAAUCCAGAAAAAGCAAUCUAUGAAUGCCCAACUCUGUGUGAGCUACGCGUUCUGAAGAUAUGUUCACUCUCAUUGGCUCUGAGGCGCACUAUCAAUAUCUAUUGGCAAUCACUAUUGAAAAUGCGUUCGCUUUUCCUGUACAUUUUGUUUGCCAUGGCCGUAAUAUCGGUAAUGUGUCUUCAAAUGUAUAUGGGAACGUUGAGCCAACGCUGUGUCAAAGUGCCACGGGAUGGGAGAUGGCAUAAAUGGUCCGAUUUUACAGGAAAUUCGGCCAACUUUAUUUAUGAGGGUGGAAUGCAUCGAGCCUGUGGCAAUUCAUCUGGUGCUCAAGAAUGUCCAACGAACUAUGUUUGCCUGCAAGUCAAUAAUUUAAAUCCAAAUUACAACAUUACCAGUUUCGAUACGUUUGCUGGGUCAUUUUUUGUUGUAUUUCGUUUAAUUCAACGUGAUUUUUGGGAAGAGACCAUGCAAUAUUUGACUGCAACAGCUGGACCAUGGCACAUUAUACUAUUCAUUGUGCUCAUCUACUAUGUGUCAUUUCAAUUGUGUGCAUUGCUCUGGACAUCGGUCGCUCUCGCCUACAAUCACUUGAAGGAAGAACAGUGGGAACGUGAUUUGUUGAACGAUUUGAAUGAGACACAGCAACAACAACAAUCAAUCGCCGAUUCGGCCAAAAAGCAAGUGAAGAAUCCGGGAUGUUUGGCUAAAUUUCAAGGAUUUGUGUUUAAAAUCAUUUACAAUCCAUUCGCCGUCCUGUUUAUCAUUCUUUGCAUUCUACUCAAUACGCUGUUCAUGGCUUUAGAUCAUCAUGAAAUGAGUGAAGAAUUGAGUGAUGUCUUGACUGUUGGCAACUACAUUUUCGUUGUGGUGUUUGUAAUUGAGGCAAUAUUAAAGCUGACUGCACUUGGACCGGCACAGUAUUUCAGAGAUGAAUGGAAUACGUUUGACUUUAUUGUGACCGUAGUCGGUGUCAUUGAAUUGAGCAUGGAAAAUGUUCAAGGUUUAUCUGUGUUGCGUGCUUUUCGACUGCUUCGUCCAUUACGUCUGGGCAAAAUUGUACCUGCAUUUGAAUUAUUACUUAGGCGCGUGCGUUAUCUAUUUUCGGUGUUGCGCAAUCAGACAAUAGUUCUAUGCAUGUUUAUUUACAUAUUCGUUGUUUUCGGUUGCCGUACAUUUGGUAAAAGUUAUGUCGAUAACGUCCAUCUAUUUUAUGAUCACGAGGUGCCUCGUUGGAAUUUCACCGACAUUUUCCACUCGUUUAUGGUGGUGUUUCGUUCACUGUGUGGUGAAUGGGUUGAAUCAUUCUACGAUUGUAUGGUGGCUACGGAUGCACCGAGCAUUGUCUACUUUUGUGCUUUGGCCCUUAUCGGAAGUUUUGCUAUAAUGCAUUUAUUCGUUGCUCUGAUAUUGACAAAUGAUGAUUCGUCCGUACUUGCGAGCAACGCACCAGAUUCAAAUUCCCAUUCAAAGCAAUCAACUAUCAAAUCGUCGUCCAAUAGAAAAUUCAAUUUGCACACAUUCUUAAAGGAAAAAUUACUUGAACCGAACAUACAAAAGAUUUAUGAUGCAAAUAAGCCAAUUAAAAAUGAUAUGGAGUCGUUGCCAGUUGAUGCACCACCGUCCACAACAAUUACACUUUCAUCGAAUAAACCGAACGAUAAGAAUCGCAGCGAGGACAGCAAAAAACCGACUGUGGUACAAGCUGAUGUGGUGGAGAAAAAUGAAACGGGAGCGAGCGUGGUUGUCGUGGCACCAGCAGCCACCAAAGAUGGUGAUGAGGACGAUGCGACAAUUAACAAGUGGUCCAAAAUUCGCGUUGUAGCAUUGAAAUUCAAUGAAAGUACUUACGUUGAAUACAUUGUUCUGGCCAUCAUAUUCAUUGGUUCAAUAGCACUGGUACACACGGUGAACAGCUUUUCACUUACACCAGCGGGAACAUCAUUCGUUGUCGAAUUAGCAUUUUGUAUUGUAAUGAUUAUUGAAUUCCUAUCGAAAACCAUAUCCUGUGGCUGGAAAUCGUAUUUCAAAAACAUUUGGUGUUUGAUCGAUUUAUUCAAUACCAUCGUGCCCAUCGUUGCUUUGUGCACACCAUCGUAUGGUGCGGCAAAUCAGACAAUAUUGAUUUUGAAGGCGCUGCGCCCGUUAUCCAUAGUGUCACGAUGUUCAGGUCUAAAGAUGAUUGCGAUCACAAUCUCGCAUCAGGUCCGAAUGCUUUUCAAUUCUCUGCUCGUUUGCGCUGCAUUUUGGUUAAUUUUCGCAAUAAUGGGUGUUCAAAUGUUUGCGGGCAAAUUUUAUGAAUGCGUUGCUAACAAUCAAACAAGAUUGGACAUCGAUUUUGUGGCCACUCGCAAUGCAUGCGAGACUAAACAAUAUGAAUGGACGAAUGGACCGGUGAAUUUUGACAACGUCAUCGAGGCUUAUCUCAGUUUACUGCAAGUAGCAAGUGCAAAAGGAUGGAUACGUUUGAUUGAAGAUGCGGUCGAUUCACGGGAUGUAUAUACGCAGCCGUUGAAAGACUCCAACAUUUACAUGUUCAAUUAUUUUGUCAUUUUUAUUGUGCUGGGCGUCUUUGUUUGUGCCAAUUUGAUCAUUGGAAUUUUAGUUCGGCAAAUUUUGCAAAGAGGAAAUCUGAGCGAUUUAUUUAGCUCAUCGAAUAAAACAACAAACGCUGGAGUGAGUCAUUCAAAUGCAUCAAACAAUGCUGAGCCGGCCGGAAAUACUUCAUCAAAAUUAGCGAUGCUUGCGCGAAACCCGUAUUUCGACUGGGUCGCAUUUACAAUUUGUGUUUUUUACAUGUUGGCUCUCGCACUUGAUCAGUAUGCGUUGGAUGAAGUGUACGCCAAUAUACUGCAAUACAUUUACUUGGUUUGCGCAAUUCUAUUUAUCAUCGAAACAGCACUUCGACUACAUUCGCUGCGGCGCAUAUUUUUGAUGAGUUUCUGGAACUUCUUCGAUGCAGUGACAGUAACCCUUGUAUUGAUUGAGCUCUUUACGUUAGAAUUCGUUUGCAGUAACGUAAUUGUAUCAAUCGUUCUGUUGCGUGUGAUUCGUGUCUUACGGUUUAACUCAUUACUUGUAUCCUGUUCACCACAGCUAAAACUUGGUGUUGCCGCAUUGAAUCGAUCGAAAACUGCUGCCUACAACUUGUGCCUAUUUUUAUUUUUGGUAAUUUUUGUGUACGCAUUAAUCGGAGCUAGUGCAUUCAAUCGUGUGUCAAAUCUUACGCCAAUCAAUGAAAAAAUCUCAUUUCACACCGUUGGACAAGCCAUUAUUCUAUUGAUUCAAAUAAGUACAUCAGCUGGGUGGGAUAGAGUCUACGAUGUUCUAGUAGCAAAAAAUCAUUACAAUGCAUUUGUCAUUUUUCUUUAUUUAUGGUCAUUCUUGUACAUAUGCAUUAUGAUCAUCGUUAAUUUGGUGCUCACUAUCAUUCUAAACUAUUACACAAUUGCCUAUGAAGUCGAGUCAGCAUCAAAAAAACUACGAACAGACGACAUAAAUGACUUCAAUGAAAAAUGGUCUGCAAUUGCAACCGUUGAAGAACCACUUUUCAUUCAUAAAACGCAGCUACCAAUUCUCUUAAAUCGAUUAGAUAAGUCGUCAUCACUUCGGACAAGUGUUAUGCCAACCGAUGAAAAUCUUCAACUUUUGGGAAUCCCGAUUCGAAACGAACAACAACAUUACCGUGGCGAAGUUUUGAUCGCAUUGAACCAAGCCCUAAGACGAAUGCAGUCAAUAUCAGAUAAAACACACUGCAACAAGUGAAAGUAGAUUGAAACUGCCACUUGCCACUUAUCAACAAGUCAUUCACGCACGCACGCACGCACGCACGAAUUUCAAUCUAAGCUAUAAAUUACUUCACUCUACUAAUCAGUGCAUAGCAUUUGGUACCACUUACCAAUAGAUAUACUACUAAAUUUGUCUAUGGUCAUCUCUUUAAAUUUCAAGAUAUCUCAAUGCAAUUAAAUUGAAUACAUAUUUAAUUUAUUAAAUGUUUAUAGCAUACUCAUUUAAUAUUUAUUUAUAUUUUUUUCAAAUAAAGACAGAACUAUUAACACAACCAAAA